AUUUUUUGUUUUUCUGUUUCAUUUCUCCAAGAUAGAAUGGAUACGCCUACUGCAAUAAAAGCUUUUCAGUACAACUCCACUCAGCAACCCAUCUUUACCGUAAUGGAAACUCCCCUUCAUUACAGAUCCUUUGCACAAAAGAGCAGCCCAAGUGAUGCUUCUUUCUCUUCCUAUCUGAGACCUGAAGAACUCAAACCAGCCUCCCAAGAAGAUGUUGGGUGCACUGUCGACGACCCUGAAUUGAGCAUUUUCGAAGCCCAGAAGUACUUCAACGAAAACAAUGACACGAAAGAAUGCCGGAAUCCGAAUCUCCCUCCAGCAAUUAAUGGUGGGAAUCUUGAAUAUGAGAGAUGUGAUCUCUCCAAAGUUCCCCGACUGUCUUCAGUUUCCUCCGUAGAUGGAUACAACAGGAAUUAUAGAGUUCGCUCUUUCCAUGCCACUCCUACUGCUUCAUCAGAAGCCAGUUGGAAUAGCCAGACUGGUCUGCUAUCAAAUCCUCCAGGCUCAAUUGCAGUGUCCUUGAGAAAUAUUUCUUCUUCUUAUCAUGAGAAAAAGAAAGAAUCUAAAGCUAGAAAAUGGUUUUUCUGUCGAAAAUGUCCUUGUUCUGGCAAGAAAUCAGUGCAAGUUGACGAAUCACCCCCAGAACCCAGAACACCAGUGGAUUUCCACAGUAACAAUUCUAAAGCCACUUUGUAUGGGCAAAGUCAGAGCCCCAAAAAGAUGGAAGAAAAAGCAUCAAUUCAGUCCAAGAAAAACACAGUCACAAACGACUUAGUGGAAAGACAUGAGAAAGUGAGCAUCAAUUCCCAGAGAUUCUCAUCUGAGAAUCAUUUCUCAUCAAACACUCCUUGCCACCAACGGAUAGUGGGGUCAGGAAGGUCAUUUAACGACGUACUCAAGGGCUUACCGCCACAACCCACCAGCUCCUUGGACGACCCGCCCCGUGAAUCUUUGGAGGUUUUCCAGCCAUUAGACGAGUUGAUUCCGAGGAAAUCUAUUGAAGUUCAGAAGCGUAUAGCCAAUACCAAUGGUGACGGAGACCAUCGGGGCUUCUCAUUUCCCGGCAGCCCGAUAUCGCGUGUCACGGCCACAGAGGAUGAUGUUGCCAGCGAUGCAAGCUCGGACUUAUUCGAGAUAGAGAGCUUCUCUACUCAGACAAUGUCGUACCCAAUCCCGAUGUAUCGCCGGCGAGAUUCGCUAGAUGAAGCUCCAACUUUUAAUGCAAGAAGAUUAGCAACAAGCAAUGAGAUCGGCACCUUGUACGGUCGCCGGAGUUUGGAUGAGCCCAUGACCCCAUCUAUGGCGACCACAGAAUGCUAUGAACCGAGCGAAGCUAGCAUUGAUUGGAGCGUCACAACGGCCGAGGGGUUCGACCGAGCAAGCAUGACCAACUUCUCCGUAACUGCUUCUGAAAUCGAAGAUGUACGGAUUAGUAGGCACUGUUUGGAGAAGGGUGGAGGCAUGGUUUACACUCACGGCGGGCGUGGUGGUGGAAGAGGCGGUGGCGGUGAAAGUGGAAAGAGAAAAGGGAACGGGUUAUUGUUGAGCUGUCGACAUGAGAAGGCGGUGAGCGUGGGACCUCACCCGGUGAAAUGUGUGGCGGAAGGAGAGGCAGAGGCUCCACCACCUUUCCCAGUAAUUUCCACGGACGGGCAUGUGAGUAGUAGGCCACCUAAGCCUAACAAGACAACUGUUACAAGGUCUCACUCUGCUCGCUUGUCUGUUGCUUUUGCGACAUGA